GAUUCAUGAGAGCUUAAAUUGUUUAUAUAAAUAGAAUCUCUUCUACUGGAUCCUAGCCAAGAAAGGAAAAUGGAAAGUGAUGAAGCAAGGCUACCGGCCAGCUAUGGCGGAUUACAAGUCUCCUUCUCCACACCUCAUCACCCCAUCCACCACCAUCAUCAUCAUCAUCAUCAUGACAUGGGGUUUGUGCACUUUGAAGAUGACCAUAAUACCCAGCAGGCAGUGAUGAUGAUGAGCUUCUUGACCCCUUCGGCGGCGGCGUCCUCUUGUCAUCAGCCCCUAAGCUGCGGCGACACUACCUCCGCUGCCCCUAAGCACGGCGGCGGAUGCAACGACGACGACCCUCUUUUAGGGUUUAGCUGCCCUGCCCAGCCGCCUCACCUUGUUGCUAAUAAUGAUAACACUAAUACUAGACCUUCAUGGAAUAACGACGACCAGGUUGGAAGGCUGGAUCCGAUGUGUGGAACUGGAAAUGAUGCGAACUGCAGUGGAAAUGCAGCCGACGGCAACAAUUCAUCAUGGUGGAGAAGCGGGUCGGGUUCGAUAGUGGACAAGGGGAAGGUGAUGAAGUUGAGGAGAAAGUUGAGAGAGCCCAGAUUCUGCUUCCAAACAAGGAGUGAUAUUGAUGUUCUAGAUGAUGGUUACAAAUGGAGAAAAUAUGGCCAGAAAGUUGUCAAGAACAGCCUUCAUCCCAGAAGUUACUAUCGGUGUACACACAACAAUUGUCGAGUAAAGAAGAGAGUGGAAAGGCUUUCAGAAGAUUGCAGGAUGGUGAUAACAACAUAUGAAGGGAGGCACAAUCACUCCCCCUGCGAUGAUUCCAACUCUUCGGAAAAUGAUUGUUUCACUUCUUUCUAGCUG